AGUGUUUUCGGAAUGGGCUGGUCCGCGAACUCAAAGAAAAACAAAGGAAAUUAUCAAGACAUUCAAGGACAUCAAAGACUCAUGGACCCCAUAGACGUAAUAACAAAUCGGAAUAUCAGGAGUGUACGUGUAAAAUGGAUAAGAGUUUAAACAGAGGAAUGUUUAACAAGUUUAAGAGUCGCAAGAUUUGUGUAGCUGGUUAUCAGUGUGACACUAGUGAUUUUUAUUUUUGCAUCGCGGAACACAACGAGUUGCCUGUGAUAAAAAUCUGUUCCGAUGAAGGAAGAGACGAUUGUCAACAAUUGAAACUAAACGGGACUGAGGCUUCUUUUGGAACUACUGUGAUAACUGCAACAAUUCUUUUUACUAUUUCAAUUUUGUUUAGCAGGGUGACGGUUAAUGUACUUGUUUUUGUAUUGCGUGUUGUGUUUUUCAUCUAA